AUGUCGAAUGCAAGUGAACAAGCCCGUCUUCGUCGUGAAAGACGUAUGAAACUUAUUCGUGAGGGCGGAAACGACAGACUGAACCGCAUUCGGUCCAGUGUGGGUGCUGUUCCUCUCGAAAAAACUGCAUUGCCAACUUCUGUCUCGAGUCGUGAAUUGCCUACCACAGUGUCCCCUGGUGACUCGGAAUUCACUCCUUCUGGCUCUCAGACGCCGUCUCUGAACCCUAAUAUGCCUGUCCGUGCCAGUGAGUUCAGUAUUCCAACUCCCUCUGACAGUCCUGAUCUUGCAAAACUUUUGAGUGCAAUUUCACAGCCAAACAGCUCUACGACACCUGUCGGAAAGCAGAGCCUCGAAAAACCGUCACCUGCUGCGGCCGUGGAGGGAGAACAGGUUGAUCCUAAGGUUGCUGAGCAUCAGAAGCUUUGGAAGUACACUCACAUGGUCGGUAUUAUCUCGGUCGUCGCUUACUGCUUCUUCUCCAAACUCUUCCUCCUCCCCUGGAUCAUAACUUUGGAAAUUUUGCUUCUUUCUACCCAAUUGGCUGUUGAUCGUAACAAGCUGCCUCCCGCGUCCUUGUUGACUACUUUGGGUGCCCAUCUCCCUGCACCGUACAACACACUCGUCUCCAAAUACUCGAGUAUCAUGGGUCUUGUUACGCAAGUCGUCACCGAUGCUUGUUUUACUAUUGUUCUCUUAGGUUUCCUUUCUAGACUGUAG